AUGCCACCUCCGCCAAUCAUACCACCGCCUCCAAGUAUGCCACCGCCGCCAAUCAUACCACCGCCUCCAAGUAUGCCACCUCCGCCAAUCAUACCACCGCCUCCAAGUAUGCCACCGCCGCCAAUCAUACCACCGCCUCCAAGUAUGCCACCGCCUCCAAGUUUGCCACCGCCGCCAAUCAUACCACCGCCUCCAAGUAUGCCACCGCCACCAAUACCACCGCCCCCGAUAAAGCCAUGUUUGCCACCCAUGAUAGCACCGCCACCAUUACCGCCGCCACCAAUAAUGCCACCGCCGCCAAGAUUUCCACGGCCUCCAAGUAUGCCACCGCCACCGAUCAUGCUACCACCGCCAAGGCUACCACCGCCUCCAAGUAUGCCACCGCCACCAAUACCACCGCCCCCGAUUAAGCCCCUACCACCAGCACCACCUCCGAUAAGUCCACCUUUACCUCCGAUACCUCCGAACAUGCCACCGCCAGCAACUGAACCACCUUCAAAUAGCAAACAUCAUUUCCAAGUUGCAAUCUAA